CGCACGCGCGAGGAUGCGGACUGGUUCGCCAGAGUCAUAAUCGUAGGCGCCGUCGAUUUCCGAAUCCUCAAAGGAAACAAUUUCGUAGCGUUUUUCCUCCGUCCCUGCGUUUCUACGUGGGCGCCUUCUCGUCGCUGCCCGUCCACUUUCGACCUUGAGAACAGGAUAAUAAACCCACCUAGGCGCCGUCGCCGCUCGCCGCUCGUCGCCUCUCCGGCCCACCCACCUCCCGUCAGUAGUCUUGGUCCUAAUAAUCCUCAAAGGAAACAAUAUUGUGGGUUGCUCGCCCCAGAUCUCUGCCUCUAGUUUCAGAGAAAAUUCACACAGACUUACUGAUUCUAGUUUCAGAGAAAAUUCAGUUUACGCAUACUUACAAUUCAUCUUGUUCUCUAUCCUCUUGUUCGUCCAAUGUUCUUUUCAGCACUGGAAUGGGGAACUAUCUGACGAGUAGAAUAACGGCAGAGAAGCAUGCCCAUGUUAAGCAGCAGACAUCCAAGAAUCGCAAUGGAAGGCCUGGCCUUAAAUUUCAUGACCUUCCAGAGGAUGUACUGUGCACAAUUUUAUCCAAAUUACCUGCAAAAGAGGCUGUCCGGACCAGUGUUUUGUCGACUGACUGGAGAUGUACAUGGACAGCUUGCCCCAGACUAAGCUUUGGUGUCGAUGAUGUAAGUACGAAUGCGAAAAGGAAACACCAGCACACCCAGAUGUUCAUCGACCGUGUUAAUGCGGUUUUGACCAAGCACAGCGGCAGGGCUGUUGACCAACUUGAGAUUAAAUUUAUAUUCGAGACCAAGCUUGUCGAUCACCUCAAUAAUUGGAUUAGAUUUGCUAUGUCAGCCCACACAAAGAGUCUAGCUUUUGAUUUGGCGCCACCGGACAAUUUUCCCAAAUAUGGGGAUCAUUACAGAUUCCCAUUUGAACAAUUUACAGACAACAAAAGUGUAUCCUGUCUAGCGUGUCUUCAACUCAGCUUUGUAUGUUUCGAACCACCUCCUGCCAAUUUCAUAGGUUUCCCAAACCUAAGAAAGCUUCAUCUCCAUGUACUCAAGACCACUAGGCAGGAUCUCGAGAGUAUCUUGAGCAGUUGUGUUAAUCUUGAAUGGCUGAGCUUACUCAGAUGCCAUCUCAAGGAUCAAAUGAAGGUGGUUCGGCGGCCAUUGUCCCACCUGCGCUACUUGAAAGUCGUGCACUGUGAUAUAACCAAGAUAGAGUUCAAUGCUCCAAUGCUCUCCACCUUUGUUUAUGAUGGACCAUACAUACCUAUUACCCUCCAUCAUGCUGCGAAGCUGGAAAAUGCAACAAUUAGGUUCCUCGGCGCAGUUUUUCAGCAUUGUAUCGCGUCACUCCUCAAUGGGCUACCAGAUGUACACAACCUGACACUGCAUCUUGGAAUGCAAGAGCUUGAGGCCCGGUGGAUGUUAAAUAGCCCUCGUGUGUUUUCUCACCUCAGGCAUGUGCAAAUACUGUUGAUUAUACAUUAUGAAGAAUAUGACAAAAUCCUCUACUUAGUUUCCUUUUUAAGGGUUGCUCCGUUCAUUGAAAAGUUGGAAGUACAUUUUCAUGACAUUGGCACUUUGUGGUUUGCAACCGAUGGACCUUUGAGACAAGAAAUGCCGCCGUGUGAAGAUAAAUUAGUUAAUCUGAAGGACGUUCGAGUUACAGGAUUCAGAGGGGCACGCGGCCAAGCUGAAUUCCUUAUGCACGUGGUUGAGAAUGCUCCUGCAAUAGAGGUCGUGACUGUAGAUACAGCUCAAAGGCUAACUGAUGCUUGGGAUCCAGAUGAACCAAUCCCUAGACUAGAUAGUGCUGCUCUUGAUAUGGUUAGAGCUCCUCUCCUUAAGACACUCCCACCGAAUGCAAAAGUUUCACUUAUUUAAGGCUGACUUGCAUCUGUUGUAAAUCUGGCAUGUAAUUUCUCUUUGAUUGUUAAAUUAGUUAUCAUCCAUCAAUGUAAAGCUGAGAGCAGCGAUGACUUACACUUUUACGACCCUCAAUGAUCAA